AGAGAGACGAGGGAAGAAGACAAGGACGGAGAAAGAGUCGAUUAGGGCAAUCCGGGAAAUGGCGAUGGCGAGGUGAGCUCGCGGCGGGGCAAGGCGCUGGCGCCUUGGCGAGUUUUCUAGACAAGAAAUUCUUGGGGUUUUAGGGUCGCCGGAUCGAUCGAUUCCAGCGGUGGAGUAGACGCUAGGUCUCAAAUUCUGGCACGGCUCCUGGCUGUGUCUAGCUUGAGUGCGCGCAAGGGUUUCGGUGGUGGCCACAGCUUUUUGCUCGGGCUAGCUUGCGAGGCGGGACUUUUUUCGAGCUGGGCUGUGAAUACAAGCGAGGGACAGGAUAGAGGAAUUUGGUGAGGAGCGCGCGUAGAAAAAAUCAUUCAUUGGGGAAUUUGCUGGGUGGGAUUGAUAUAGCGAGGCCUCUUUUUUUGGUUCUUAGUGUGAAUUAUGGACGCAUAGCGGCAAUCCAAGUGGGUUAUGCAAGAAGAGGAGAUAUUCGAGGGGAUGAGAAACGAUGCCAGCUCGAGAAGCCCCCGCUUUGGGGUAGCACGGAAUGGUAGCAGCAAAUUCACUUGGAGAGCGAUCUCCAGCUACCUGCGUAGCGUUUCUGCUGGGAAUAUCGCUGCUACUGUACGCACCGCGAGCUCUUCGGUAACUUCUACAGCCUCUCACGAGGAGGACAAGCAUCGAGAACAGGUGCAAUGGGCCUCGCUGGACACUCUGGAAGUUGGCCCCGGCCUGUUUCGUCAUGUGUUGUUACUCACGUAUCUUCACGGUUUUCAAGUCUGGGACCUGGAAGAUGCCGGCAGCGUAAGAGACAUCGUAUCAAAACGCGAUGGACGUGCUGCAUUCCUGCGGCUCAAGCCAUUAACCGAAAGUCAAGCUGGAGAACUCAAGGAUGUGGAGCCUCUACUGCUGGUUGUUACGGGGGACUACGCUAGAGGGAACUCUGGCUCCAACGGAACAGUGAGGGCCGUGCACCCGCAUUUCGUUCCAACCGUAGUUCGCUUCUAUUCUUUGAGGACGCACAACUACGUCAAGGAGCUGCGCUUCCGGACUGGUAUUUAUGCUGUUCGGUGCAGCCGACGCCUGAUUGCCGUUGCUCUCGCCAACCAGAUCUAUGGCUACGACGCCGACACCCUUCAGACUAUUGUCAGUGUGUUGACUUAUAGUAUGCCUAGUGCUGGGCUGGGAGCAGCCAAUGCUGGAUAUGGAGCCUUGGCACUCGGUCCCAGGUGGAUGGCUUACCCAGCCAACCAACCGUUUAUGUCCUCUGUUGGUCGCGUUUCACCGCAACACCUGAUAUCUCCGGGGAUCAGCCCGUCUACGUCACCUGCGAGUGGUGGCCUGGUUGCUCACUAUGCUAUGGAGUCGAGCAAGCAGUUGGCAGCGGGGAUCAUGACACUUGGUGAUAUGGGAUACAAGACUUUGUCCAAGUACUGCUCCGACUUGUUGCCGGAGGGUGCAAGUAAUGGAGCUAGUACUGAAACCGAGUACGCGGGAACUGUGAUUGUGCGGGAUUACGUAGAGAAUAAAAUCAUCGCGCAAUUCCGUGCGCAUUCCAGCCCGAUAUCUGCACUUUGUUUCGAUCCGAGUGGAACGCUUCUCGUUACGGCGUCCGUGUACGGCCACAACCUGAAUGUGUUCCGCCUGACUCCGACAGCAGAUGCAAAGGCCUCGCACGUGCACCUUUACAAGCUCUGUAGAGGCGUUACAAAUGCGGUUAUCCAAGACAUCAGUUUCAGCCACGACAGUCAUUGGAUUUCGGUAAGCACUUCCAGGGGCACGAGUCAUCUGUUCGCUAUUUCACCCUUCGGUGGAGGUGUCGGGCCUCAGACCCAUGGCGCCUGCUCGGUGGAUCCUUUCACCGGGCCCAUGGUGGUUCCUACACCGGCCUAUCCUUGGUGGACUAGCAACGGCCCGCUUCGUGCUUCUCAACAGGCUCUACCGCCGCCGCCGCCCGCAAUCACUCUAUCCGUGGUAAGCAGGAUAAAGAAUGGACUGGGGUGGCGAGGGACCGGACGGCCUAAUGGCUCCAGUGCAAGUAGCGGGGCUGUGGCAGCCGGGUUUCACGACGGUGACUGUGGAAGCUCGGAAGGCGGGAACUGUAGCCUGAGGGAUAAACUGUGGGUGCUUUGUCCGUCCGGCUACCUUACGAAAUACUUGCUGAGACCAUGCACAGGAGGGGAGGGUGGAUACAGUACAGAAGGAUCGAGCAGUCCGGGGCAGUCUCAGGAUUUGAGGCUAAUCGUGGAGCCGUCUGAGAAGUGGGAUAUCUGUCGGCGAAAAGAUUGGCUCGAGCGCGAGGCCAGCUACCCGGACGAGCAGUCUCUGAAAACUGAGAUGAAAGUGGAGGAGCUACAACGCUGGUACAUGUCCAACGCCGAAGUACAGAUUAGCCAAGCACGGCCGCUCCCGAUUUGGGCCAAGCCUAAUGUGUACUUCCAUGCACUACUGGUGAAGGACAAUCAGGAGCUCGAAAUAGAAAAGAUGCCGCACCAGGUGAUUGAGAUCCGAAGAAAGGACUUGAAACCUCUGGUGGACAGGCUCCAGCAAAGAGACGGAAUUGCGGUCCCGAAAUACCGUUUGCAUAACAACUUGGAGACGCAAAUCCAGCGAUCAAGUAGUGGAAGUAGCUUUGGAUCCGAAGGCCCUUUAGUUGACUCGUCCUGUGGAUCUAAUGGCUUCCACCAUAACUAUCAAGGAUCUGAUGUGUAUAUUACGGCGGCAUCUCCAGGAGGGAUGCUGCAGAACGAUUUAUUCAGCGCGAACUGCUUGCAUGCUAAUCACGUCUUAGCUGCGGUUCCAAACCCGACAACAGCUCCGACCGAGGAAGCGAUUGCUGCAGCGUCGAUGGCCAACGAGUUGCAGGAUCCCGGCCCAGCUCUGGAACCCGAGCCUGCUGCGGCGGUGGACUGUGAAGCAGGGAAUGCCGAGAACGAGGCGCAGCAGAGUCACGGCGCAGAGAGCUGGGAAGGAGCAAUGUUCCCCUUCUGUGAAGAAGUCUUGUACAGAGAUAAAGAAAAGAAGUUUUUACCUUUUUACCACUGUUUGUGUGCCAUUUGUACCUUAUCCCCCACCAAAACCCUCCAUUUUUUUUGGCUAUCUAGGGUUCUUCGUUGGAGCGCUCGGCGGUUCUUCUUCGCGAGUGCUGUUGGAGCCAUGGCGAAGACGGAGGAGACAACGAAGGCCGAGACAGCCGCGGUGGAGAAGAAGAACGAGCCGGAGAUGAUGCGCUAUGAGGACUAUCGCGGCAAUGUGCAAGUGUUUCCCAAGCCUCCGGAGCCAAACAUUGUGGAUUUGAUAGACCAGGAGACGUGGGGGACGGACGAGGAGGAAAUUCUUCCCGAGGAAGAGGAGGAGUCGGAGGAGGAAGUGGAAUUUCGAUUCGUUCCUCCGCCUAGGCGUCGAGCCCCGCAGCUGGAAGAGCCAAAGGAGCCUGACGAGGAUUCGGAGAAGAAGAAGCUGAGAGAGCAGGAGAUUAUGGAGCUGUCACGGGAACAAGAUCGUCGUAUUGCCGAGGAACGCCAGCGGAAAAAGCUCGAGAGAGUGAAGAAGAAGGAGGAGAUUAUCAAGGACAGGCUCAAGAACGAGUAUGAGGCGACUUGGAACUUCCCGGUGGAUUUGGAAGGGUGGACGGAAGAGGACCUUGGAGAAGAAUGGGUGGAUCCUCCUCUCGAUGCCACUGGCAGUGGAUAUGAUCCAAUGUUUGCGCCACCUCCUCCCGACGAAGAUCUGGACAAAGUUAUCGCACAGCAAACGAAGAGAAGCCGCAAGCAGAAGAAGGAGUUUAAGAAGUAUAUGGACAAGCUCAAGGAAGAAAGGAUGAAGAUGCUCAAGAACCCGCCGGAUAGAUAUGAUCCAAAGCUCUUUGAGCACAGGAAGAAGCAGAAAACGCCGCUGACCGAGGAUGGAUAUCCAGCACGGCCAUACUACGUGCCUUAUCGCCUGCCUUAUCCUUCCAUACCAAAGAUCCAUGCCGAGGUUGAGAAUGCGUUCGAUGUGGUGGAAGAGCUGGAAAAGAUCGAGGAGUUCUUACGGUGGGGGAGUUAUAUCUUCCCUGAUGGAUCGAGCUACGAAGGAACCAUUUGGGACGACCUUGCUCAUGGAAAGGGAGUCUACACAUCCAUGUUUGAGGACGUACAAUAUGAAGGUAUGUGGCGGCGAAACAUGAUGGAAGGACACGGGGUGCUUCAUGUUCAUAUUCCAGUAUAUCAGCCGCCGCCGGACUCCAAGCUCGAGAAAGAAAUGAGAGAUCAAGGCUGGAUUAUCAAAGCUGACUACAUGCCUCCGGAAGAACGUGAAUGGCUAAAGAAAGACAUUGAAGAUACACUGGAGAAGCCGAACGUAACCAUGAAAGCGUCCGAGUUGUACGAGAACGAUCCAUACUGGAUUGAGCUGUAUGGAGAAUUGCCAGAAAAGGGUCGAUAUAAAUAUUCUGGACAGUGGAAGCAUAAUCGUAUGCACGGAUGUGGCGUGCUUGAUGUGAACACGCGCCUGAUUUACGGAAAGUUCUAUUUUGGAGAGCUCUUAGGAGAUCCCGGCGAAUGUACUUUGGAGGCUUGCGCUAUCCACUCUGGUUUAGCCCAAGUGGCUGCAGCCAAAGCGAAGAUGUUCACUAAAAAACCGGAUGGAAUGGUGCGGGAGAUGGACGGUCCUUUCAAUGAUCCUCAGCAUCCUUACUUUUACGAAGAUGAAGAUGUUUGGAUGGCUCCAGGCUGGGUCAAUGCCUAUUACGAGGUUCCCGAUCCAUGGAAGAUUUACGUUGAGGAGGUGGAUAAAGAACAGCAAAUGUGGCUUAACUCGUUCAUCAAAUCACCGCUAAGAAUACCAAUGCCUGCCGAGCUGGAAUACAUGUGGGAAAAUGGUGACGAGUUUAUAGUGUUAACCAACGAGCCUUCCUCUUACGGAUGGCUUGACGAGGAGAACGUGCUGAAGUCUCAUCCAAAUUUCGAGGGAGAAAUCCUCUAUCAUGUUCCGACCGGUCGAUUGAUCAACUGGAUCUACGAUAAAGAUGGAAACAUAAAGUUCUUCUGGCAGCCAUACAAAGAAGACGGAUCUAUAAAGCCGGAGGAAGCUGUGUUUCUACCUGAUGGUUGGGACGAGUUUUUCUCGGACGAGCCAAUGGAGGAUCCAGAUGAACUGAAGGAUCCACAAGAUCUGACGCGAGAGGAGAGGCUGAAAAAGUACAAGGAAGAAGACGAGCAGAUGGAACGGGAAUGGCAAAAGGAGAAAGAAGAAAUGGAGCGGAGGUGGCGUGAGGAGGACGAGGAACGGAAAGAGGAAAUGAAGCUGAGAGCUGAAAUUGAAGAUGAGGCAAUUGAAGAGGAGCUCCGACAGCUGGACGAGAUUGAACAGGCGAUGGACGAAGCAGACAGAUUGCGCAAAGAAGCUAAAACGAAGGGACCCGAGAAGAUGGAAAAGCCGGAACAGCCAACGGAGAAAACUGUGGUAGAGGAAGAUGAGGAAGAAGAAGAAGAGCCUUCAACUCUUGACAAAGCGGUGGAACAGGAUGAGGUUGAGCCUGAAGAGGACACCAAGAGAAGUUUUGGAAAAACAGCUGACGACGAAGACGAACCUCGAAGCUUCGGUAAAGUGGAUGAAGAUGAAGAUGGCGAAGAAGAGGGAGAAGAGGAUAAGAAACCUCGCGGUUUUGGUAAGGUGGCGAUGCUAGAAGAGGACAGCAACAGGCCGGACGAGAAAAUCUCGGAUAGAACCUCAAAGUCAGCGUUUCCUACGGCAUUUGCGGCGAUCACAAUGUCACCAUGGCUCCGAGCUUUUACUUUCCCGAUGCUCAGGAGGCAUCAACAGCAGAAACAAGCCUCAGGUGGUGGAGAGAAGACGAAGAACUUCCCAAGCCAGCCUUCUUCGGACCUGUCUUUUCCAGAGCGCAUGGAACCCGUGAAGAUACCUUGUGCCACGAAAAAGUCCUUCGUCACGCUUAGAACGACGAGGAGUUGCAAUAGCUCGGUAGUUCUUCUCGAGAGGCGGAAGAACACGACUCUGCAAAACCAACGCUCGAGAAAGAGUUACUCGUGGAAGAUCUCCGAGCAGGACGUUUUCUCGAUCGCGAUUCCAGUCUAGUGGCAGUGGAAGAAAUGGAAACAGG